AUGUCUACCACCAGAAACAUCGACUCCGUCAACCCCAAGCAGGGCGAGUUCCACCCCAGCGUCCCUCGCUCCGAGCCUCUCACCACCAAGGGCCAUGCCCCUGGCACCAAGGUCGGAAACGACGCAUACCCUGAGUUCCACGCCCAGGCCUACCCUGCAGGCACCGCACCCCGGGAAAACACCUUCCAGCCCAACGCAGUUUCCGAGACCCCCGGCCAGGCCCUGAACCCCAACGCGGACCCUUCAGGUCGGACGGCGGCCCACGACUUCCCCGGCGCUACCUCGGCUGACGUACACGCUGGUCUGGGCAAGCCUGUCCAGGGCCAGACCAGCGCCGAGAUGCAUGGCUCCAACGUCGGUCGCCGCGCCAAGGAGAGCGCUGGCCUCGAGGGCGUCGGCGCUUCGGGCAAGGACAACUUCCGUGACCGUCGCCUCGACGUUGGCGUCGCUCCCGGUGCUCGUGGUGAUGGCGGCAACCCUGAGAACAUCACGCCUGCGGAGAACCUGCCGCCUGUUUCGGCUGAGGAGAUCGCGAGCGAGCGUCGCUGA